AGAUCAGACACACAACUAUUAUUCCGCAGUACAGUGAGAACCAUCGGAGACUUCGGACGUGUUUAGCAAGGUUAUCUCGCGAGUGUAUUUCUACAUAAUGAUUUGGUGGUUAGUGUUGAUUGUUAGUAUUGUGGCUUUUAUAGCCCAUAAGUUGUUAAAGAAGGAGGAGAGGAAGAGGAAGUUCUUCGAAGAAAGAGGCAUCAAACUUAAUAAAUCGAUGCCCUUCCUUGUUACGAUGUACAAACUCCUAACAAAGCAGAUGGGCGUCGUGGAUAUGAUUCAAAGCCUCUAUAAUGAGUUCUCUGAUGAUGAGAAAGUUGUUGCUUUCUAUGAUGGAGACACUCCGACACUUAUACUGAGAGAUCCUGAAGUUCUCAAGCGUUUCACCGUGAAGGAAUUCGAACAUUUUCAAGACCGCAAAGAUUUUAUCAAUGAAGAAAUGGAUCCUCUUUUUGGCAAUUCUCUCUUCGUCCUGAAGGAGCAGAAAUGGAGAGACAUGCGAGCGACUUUAAGUCCCGCUUUCACUGGCAGCAAAAUGCGCUUGAUGUGCGAUUUUAUUGUGGAAAUUGGAGAGCAAAUGGCAGAAUAUCUUCACAAGGAAGCAAAAGAAAAAGGUCCUCAAGUUUACGAGAUGAAAGAGCUUUUAUCCAGAGUUGCUCACGAUGUGAUUGCAACUUGUGCUUUUGGCAUAAAAGUUGACUCUUUAACCAAUAAAACCAAUGAGGUUUAUCUGGCUGGAAAAGCUCUCUCAGACUUUAGUGGAAUCGGAACUAUGCUGAAGUUCACGCUCUAUAGAAUUUCGCCUCAUCUGAUGAAAGUCUUCAACAUUAGUGUGUCGCCUUAUAAAGAGUCAAAGUUCUUCCGUAGCCUCGUCACAGAUUCAAUGAAAGUUCGUGAGCAACAGCAUAUUGUGCGUCCUGAUAUGAUUCAUCUCCUGAUGGAAGCCAACAAAGGAAAGCUAAAUCAUCAACAAAAUGAAGGAGAUUCCGCGGGAUUUGCCACUGUUGAUGAAUCAAGUGUUGCUUGGAAGAAAUCAAGCAGGGUUUGGUCAGAAACCGAGAUUGUGGCACAAUGCUUCCUAUUUCUUCUCGCAGGAUUCGAAUCAAUAUCUUCUACAUUGAGCUUUGCCACCUACGAAAUCUGUGCCAAUCCUGAUGUACAGCAGAAAUUGUACGAGGAAAUUAAGUCAGUCAAUGACGAACUGAGAGGAAAACGGAUUACCUACGAUAUUCUCCAGAAAAUGAAGUACUUAGACAUGGUUGUGUCAGAGACUCUCAGGAAAUAUCCACCCAGUAUCGUUAUCGAUAGAGAGUGCAAUAAGGACAUUACUCUGGAAUUGUAUGACAACUUCACCUUUGACUUCAAGAAGAAGCACGCUGUCUGGGUUCCGAUUUACGCUUUUCAUUGGGACCCGAAAUACUUCCCUAAUCCUGCCAAAUUUGACCCUGAGAGAUUUAGCGACGAGAACAAGUCAUCGAUUAAUUCCAGUGUUUAUAUUCCUUUCGGUAUCGGACCCAGGAAUUGCGUGGGUUCGAGAUUCGCUCUAAUGGAACUCAAGUCCAUUAUCUACUAUCUAGUUCUGAACUUUUCGCUGGAGGUCACGGAGAAGACCCAGAUUCCUCUGAAAUUGGAAAAGUCCUUUGGAGUUCUCGCUGCUGAAGGUGGAGUUCAUGCUAAACUACGUCCACGAAAAUGAUUUCAUGAAGAUUUGAUAAAUAAAUUAGCAUUUAUUAUAUUCCAAAAUAA